UUAAAUUACGCCAUCUUGCACAAGUCUGGCUUAUUGUCCGGAUCGCGACCUCCUUUUGUUACACACAGGUCCUGGGCUUUAAGCAUGAAUCCAAACACAAUCGCUCCACGGUAUAUUUGGGCGUUCUGGACAAAUUAAUGGAAGGAUCGAGGUCAGAGAUAUGUCCGUGUCGCUGGACGAUUUCUCGGAGCGCGUCAUCACUCCCGCCAUGCCCCCGCGGCUGGCCAGCGCCUGCUGCAUCAGCAACUUCAUCAUCCCGGGCUCCGGGACCUUGGUGUCUGGUUUCGCGGUGUUCUGCUGUUCUAAGAACUCUGACAUGGACACUGGCGACAAAGUGACCACGUGUGCGUGCAGCCUGGCGAUCGGGCUCCUACAGCUGGCGCUGAGCGCCUUUAUUCUGGUGGGGUGGUGCUGGAGCUGUGUGUGGGGCCUCCACUACGUGCAGAUGUCCAAGAAACACUAUCCUGAGGGUUGGGGACUCGACCAGCCGACUAAUAUCAGGACGUCCCAGCCAACACGGGCCGAUGUGACGUCAUUUCUGUCCGCCGUCCACCGACAGGGUCACCCCCAGCCAGUGCUUCCACCACCGUACUCCCACUGUGUAGAUCCGCCCCCGCCCUACGAGUCCAUUUAUCACCAGUCCAGGGCCGACUCAUAUCCUGGGUCCUGACCAGUAAAGUUUCAUCGUUUGAUGACAUUGUGUAUAACCUCGCAUGACAGUGGCUCUUUAGUCUCGCCACUCGUCAGAAUAAAGGGGGCGACAACUCCUCCUAGUUCUGAUACAAAAAAGAUUCAGAGAUCGAAAUGAAAUAUUUUAAGUUGCUUAGUGUUGUUUAGGAAUCAGGACUGUUCAGUAGAGUCUAACUAACCCUCAUAAGUUAUGAAGUAUGAAGAUAAUUGGUUAAAACGACAGAUACGGUUGUUGAGAAAUUAAAAACUGAACUGUCGGUCGUUGUAUAUAGUAUGUACUGGACAAUGCAGAUUUAUUGUUCCACAGCUGGACAUAUUUGUCAGGAAAAUGAAAUUUGUGAUGAAUUCCUUAAUGAUUUCUUCACCUGUAAAAUGACUGACAGAUCAUGUAGCUGUAUUUACCGUAUACUGUGUGUAAUCAAACUUGAUCUGUAUUGUUCCGCCGGAAUAUUCUCAGGUAUAACUAUGUAUCACCUUUAUAAUUUUACAUUUAUAAUUCAACAAUGUACGUGUAUCAUUACAUAUAUCGUUACAAGAUAUUAAACUUUGUAUUUAUUGGAACAAUUCUUGAGAGAGUUGAAUUUUUCUGGUUAUUUGCUAUAAAUACGGUAACAUGACCCCCCCCCCCCAUUAAUUUGCAUACAUUUAACAGUUAUAAAAUUACUGACUAUCCAUAGGUUUUAUACAGAGAAUUAUUAAAAAAUUAUUAUUCUUAUAUAAA